GCGCUUCGCAGUGACGCGUGGUCUCAGAUGCGCGGAUCUUCACCGCAUCAAAUCCCGGAAGUGAGGCGUAGUUUAUGAGGUUGAGAUCAGAGUUCAAAGACAAGGGAAAGGAAGAAAGCGAGAAAGAGAGGAAAGCCUGACGACCGGAAACAAAAAAGAGCUAAAGGAGCUACUUCCGGUCGGUAAUUGUAUCGCUAUUGGAAAUGGAGCCGUUGCGCUGUUUCGGCGGUUCCCAUCAGCUGGAGGAGUUUCAGGAUGACGGCCUGCAGACCGUGACUUCCGCAGAGCAGAGAAAAGUGGAACGCAGCAUCAAGGAGGUGCUCAACGUUUACCAGCAAAUCCACCCUUCACCCCAGCCAACGUUACUACGAGAGCAACAUUACCAAUAUCUGAAGAAAGGUUUACGCCACCUCUCAGACGCCUAUGAGUGUCUGGAUGCUAGUCGACCCUGGCUGUGUUACUGGAUCCUGCACAGUCUGGAACUUCUAGAGGAAACCGUGCCUGCUUCUGUAGCAUCAGACGUGUGCCAGUUCCUGGCCCGGUGCCAGAGCCCGACAGGGGGUUUUGCGGGAGGUCCGGGGCAACACGCUCAUCUAGCACCCACAUACGCCGCCGUAAACGCCCUGUGCAUCCUGGGAACGGAGGAGGCCUACAACGUGAUAAACAGAGAGAAGCUCCUGGACUUCCUGUUCUCAGUCAAACAGCCAGAUGGCUCCUUUGUGAUGCACGUAGGUGGGGAGGUGGACGUCAGAAGUUCAUACUGCGCAGCGUCAGUGGCCUCUCUGACUAACAUCAUGACCCCCAAGCUGUUUGAAGGAACGCACAACUGGAUCCUCAGCUGUCAGAAUUGGGAAGGUGGUUUAGGAGGAAUACCCGGUCUGGAGGCUCAUGGCGGCUACACCUUUUGCGGCAUGGCAGCUCUGGUCAUUCUAGGAAAGGAGCACAUGCUGGACCUCAAGUCUUUAUUACGCUGGGUGACCAGCAGACAGAUGCGAUACGAGGGCGGAUUUCAGGGCCGCUGUAAUAAACUGGUGGACGGAUGUUACUCGUUCUGGCAGGCCGGCCUGCUCCCACUGCUGCACAGAGCGCUCUAUAAAGACGGAGAUGAGACACUGAGUGUGAGCAGUUGGAUGUUUGAGCAGCAAGCGUUACAAGAGUACAUUCUGCUCUGCUGCCAAAAUCCUGCAGGGGGCCUGCUGGACAAACCGGGCAAGUCCCGGGAUUUUUACCACACGUGCUACUGUUUGAGUGGCCUUUCCAUAGCACAGCACUUCGGCAACAAAGAUCUCCAUCACGAGCUGGUCCUCGGCAGAGACGAGAACAGACUGGCCCCGACUCACCCCGUGUACAACAUCUGCCCUGAGAACGUUGCCCGAGCCAUCCAGUAUUUCCACAAGCUGCCUGCACCGGCGCAGAGAGGAGCGUCUCCGAGCACACAUGAUCACCUGUAGGCUGCUUUGUUUUGUUAAGAGGUUGAUGAUAAUGUUAUUGGUGAUACCUGAGACUGUACCUAACUAGAACCUGGUGUAUAUUAAAAACAAACAAAAAAACCCCCACUGCUACCAGUUUUAUUAAAAACCUGAAGCAAAGACGUUUCUUCUCCAUCGGUGCUGGCAGAAGGUCCUGAAAGAUUGUUUUUGUCCUCAAUCAUUUAUUUUUAUUGGAGGAGAGGUGACUCCUCAUUGGUGCUUUGGAAAUAAAAGCUUAAGCGGUUCCCCUUUCA